GCCACCAAUUCGGAAGCUUACUGUGCCAAGCAUGUGGCUGUGCUGUUUACUUGUGGCGCACAUGUGCUGGCAGCUGUCAGGUACAUGGCAGGUCACUUGUCGCAACACCAAACAUCUUACAAUCAUGGCAUGAUUUUACCUACAAAUCGCCUGAGCCGUCUCGAAGCAGCACAACACAAUGGAUGAUCUAAACGGCCUUGACUGGUCGCAGCCCACCAAACCAACUCCCAGCACCCCCGCGGCCUUCCCUCCCUUCCGCCAGAGCCCCGCGCCGCAGCUGUCUGGCCGCUCUACCCCUCUGACCACCCUCUCUGCACAACAAUCAGGGGUUGGCACUAUCUCUACGGGCAAUCGUGUCCUCAAGGCCCCUUCGAAACCAGCGACCCCCGCAGGCGAUAGCUUCGCUGGCCUCGUAUCACGCAAUUCCUCGAAAGCUACAACAACCAACCUCUCGCUGCAGGAACGACAGAGGCAGAUACAGGAGGAGAAGGUCAAGCAAGAGGCAGAAAGGAGGAAGCAAUAUGAUGCUAGCUUUGGGGGCGCAGAUUCGAGAUACUGGGAUACGAUCGGGAGUGGGAAGAGUACACCUGAGCCUGCGUCCUUCGGCAUACUGCCCCCUGCCCCGAGCGCGUCUGGAACUCAUACACUAUCGAGGACCAUCAACAAGCCAUUUGAUGGCUUAGACAUCAACUCGAAGCGCCCUAUACAGUCACCUGCUGAAGAUGAUCUUUUUGCAGCGUUCAACUCGGCGGCCCCGGUAGAUGCAUCGAGUCAUUUCCCCCCUGCUUCUCACAAUAGUGGUCGAAGUACUCCCGCAUUCAGCGCCAACAUCUCUAGAGGCCACACCCCACUACCGCCUGCCUCCAACAGCAACGCGCUCUUCGACGAUGAUGAUGAUAUGUUUGGCCUCAAGCAGAUGGCGCAGAAAGCUACAUCGCCAGCCCCACCACCACCGACAAACGACGACGAGGACGAUAUACUGGGGCUGCUGAGUAAGCCUGUUUCCGAAUUUCAGAAGAAGGAAGAGCCGGCGCCCGUGAUCGUUGAAGACGCUUAUUCAGGACUACAACGUAAAUCAUCGCCAAGACCCACAAAUCCCCAAGACAAAGCUGUUGCUGAAUUGGUGGACAUGGGCUUUUCCGCAGAUCAGUCUGCAAUUGCUCUUGCGACAACAGAGUCUGGACUUGAUGUACAGGCGGCAGUAGGAUGGAUCUUGAAUCAGGCGCACGCCCAGGCCAAGCAGAAAACACAGGGACGAACUCAAGAGAGAGAACGUCGAAGUCCCGACGAGUUUGAUGAGCGACCCCGGCGGGGAAACAGCAGACCCAGCGCAAGAGACACUAGCGAAGGCGAACCUGUGCCUGCUUGGGCGCGGGGUGAGAAUGCACGGAGUCAGUCAGGACAACGCAGGCAAGAAGGUCAGGCACAUGAGAAAGAUGUUGCCCAGGUAGCGACAGAGUUGGGGAACAACCUUUUCAAGUCAGCGAACUCGCUUUGGAAAACAGGUCGAAAACAGGUGCAGAAGGCCAUGGCUGAUUUCCAGCAAGAUGGCGACCCAAAUGUCCCAAAAUGGAUGCGAGACGCUCAAGCAGCAGAAGCUGCUCCCCGCCCAAGUAGGACGCAAAGAAGUGACCCAGGCGCUACUGACGAAGCAAUGAUGCUCGAAGCCGGUGGACGUCAGCCGAAGCCGUCUCGCUCCAGCGAGAUGCGCCAGCAACCCGAACCCUUACCAGUGCGGCAAAGAAGAGAGCAGGAAAGGGCCCACAACGGCCAUCCAGAUCGCAUGUCUUCUCAAUCUCCAUCCCAACGGCAGCAAUCUACAACAAGUCUAGACAAGCGACCAGCAACUCGAUUGACUCGGCAAGAAAUUGAAGAGCAAGGUAGUCAGGCGUAUAUCAGUCCUGCACGGCGGAAGAAGACUACACCACAGCCACAACCGCAGGUGGAUCUGUUUUCUCCGGAGCCCACACCUUCUGCACCACCGCCACAGCGUAAACCGACGCAAGUACAAAGUAACAACCCCUUCCUUCAAGCAACAUCAACUCCAAAACCGAGGACUCCAGCAGCCACACCGCCUCCACCAAGGCCAAGAGCGCCUCCUCGACGAAUCCCUCCUGCUUCCUCUUCUGCUCUCAACUCUUCUGCAUCAGCCCGCCAGAAAGGUUCUGAGGCUUUCAAGCGCGGCGACUACGCAGCUGCUCACACAGCAUACACAUCGGCGUUGGGUCCACUUCCCCAAUCACAUCCGGUCGCCAUCAUUGUGCUAUGCAACCGUGCCCUCACGAACAUCAAAGUUGGAGAUCCAAAGGCUGCUGUAACAGAUGCAGAUACCGCUCUGGAAAUUAUCGGUAUAUCGAAAGGGGAGGGUGAGAAGAUCGCUCCAGGCGGCACAGAAGCAGACAAAGACAUGCAGGAGUUCUACGGCAAGGCGCUCAUGCGCAAGGCAGAAGCACUGGAAAGUAUGGAGAAGUGGACCGACGCACACAACGUGUGGAAAGAAGCAGUGCACAGCGGUGUUGGAGGUGCGAUCAGUAUCCAGGGCCGUAAUCGGUGCGAGAAGGCUGCAGGCGGAGGUAACAAUUCCGCCACCCCAGCGGCUGCGAAACGCCCUCCUCCAGCCCGCAAACCCGCACCGCCAAAGCCUUCCGCGCUUUCAGACCUUGGUGGUGGUGGUGCUGCGAGCGAGUCUGAGGCUGUCAAGCGAAUGAAAGCCGCCAACGCCGCAGCAGAGAGGGCAGAUGAUGAGAAAUUCGCACUGACUGAUCAAGUCGACGGAAAGCUCAUAGCAUGGAAGGGCACCAAGUCUGACAAUCUACGCGCACUGCUCGGGUCACUAGAGAAAGUGUUGUGGCCAGAGGCGGGAUGGAAGAAAGUCAACAUGGGCGAUUUGGUGAUGCCAAAUAAGGUCAAGAUCAUAUACAUGAAGGCCAUUGCUAAGGUGCAUCCUGACAAGAUCUCGCAAUCAGCAACGACGGAACAGAAGAUGAUUAGUGCGGCGGUCUUUGCGACGCUGAAUGAGGCGUGGGAUAAAUUCAAGACGGAUAACAAUCUAUAGGGUACUGCCCAGGGCUUUAGACAUUGUGUGUGCAAGUGUAGUAGCAGCAUUAGAUCAAGAAUUUUGCAUACGAAACAGACACGUCUGAUUCAAC